GAAGCAUUACUAGCUGCUACGUACCUCUAUAAUAGAACACCUAGUAGCUCUAUAGAGGUUAAGACCCCUUACUUUAUAAAAUACAAAGUGCUGCCUAACUUAAGCAAUAUAAGAGUUUUUAGCUCUUUAGCUUACUACAAGGGACCUAGCUUGUUAACUAAGAAGCUAGAUUCCAAGGCUACGCCUUUUUACUUAAUAGGCUUUGUGGGGUCUAAUAUCUAUAAACUCUAUAAUUAUAGUAGUAAUAAGAUUAUAACUGCUAGAGAUUGUAAAAUUGUAGAAGGUUAUUUCUAUAGGCCUAAUAACAACAACAAUAUUUAG